CACACGUCUUUGUUAAUACUCCUAAAAUGCAGCAGUGUCUUGGCAAGAUGGAGGGGCUCCGGAUGGCUAAGUCCACCUGUUGCAGGGCCAGUGCGCCUAAGCGGGUUGCGGGUGUUCGCGUGAACCGUCGCUCCUGCCACAUCGUCGCUUCGGCGGUUGCAACCAAGACUGUGAAGAUUGGCACUCGCGGCUCGCCGCUGGCACUCGCGCAGGCUUACUUGACACGCGACCUCCUAAAGAAAAAUUUCCCGGAGCUGAACGAGGAGGGUGCUUUGGAAAUCGUGAUUAUUAAGACCACCGGUGACAAAAUCCUUAACCAGCCUCUGGCGGACAUCGGUGGCAAGGGACUCUUCACCAAGGAGAUUGACGAUGCGCUGCUGGGCGGAAAGAUCGACAUUGCCGUCCAUUCCAUGAAGGAUGUGCCCACGUAUCUGCCAGAGGGCACCAUCCUGCCCUGCAAUUUGCCGCGCGAGGACGUCCGUGACGUGUUCAUUUCGCCGACUGCGAAGGACCUUUCGGAGUUGCCAGCUGGCGCCGUUGUCGGCUCUGCUUCCUUGCGCCGCCAGGCACAGAUCCUGGCCAAAUACCCCCACCUGAAGGUGGAGAAUUUCCGUGGGAAUGUUCAGACCCGCCUUAGAAAACUGAACGAGGGCGCCUGUUCGGCAACCUUGUUGGCUCUUGCGGGCUUGAAGCGCCUCGAUAUGACGGCGCAUAUCACGAAGAUAUUGAGUAUUGAAGAGAUGCUCCCAGCCGUUAGCCAGGGGGCUAUCGGCAUUGCGUGCCGUACUCAAGACGAUGCCAGCCGCAAGCUUCUUGCGGCGCUCAACCACGAAGAGACGCGCAUCGCUGUGGUGUGCGAGCGUGCAUUCCUUGCGGCUUUGGACGGUUCGUGCCGUACGCCAAUUGCAGGCUACGCACACAAGGGCUCUGACGGGCAAUUGCAUUUCAGCGGCCUGGUGGCGACACCCGAUGGCAAGCAAAUGAUGCGGACAAGUCGCGUGGCAAGCUUCACGGAUGCGGACGCUGUCAAGGCCGGUGAAGAUGCGGGUCGCGAGCUCAAGGCAACUGGGCCCAAGGAGCUGUUCAUGUACUAAGCAGUUUGCCUUGAUUGGGGACGGAUUUUUAACCGUGCGGUUAGCUAUGUGACGUACUCGGG